AUGAAUAACAAUAUUGAAAUAACGCUAAAAAGUCCCGCUGGGGCAGUGGAUGAAGUGUUUCGCCUCUACCGGUUAUCGGAUACCAUUGUAUCUGGUCGGGAAAUUUCUGAAGUUAUUAACUCUAUAAUGCUUGAUGUGGAGGAACUUCAUUCGAAUAAAGUCCUACUUACUAGAUUUUCUUCCGUCAAUUGGGAAUCCUUAGAAUCCAUUAAAAAUUACUGCGAACUGUACAAUUCCUGCGUCGAGAAAUUUGUCGAUCAAUGGAAAAAUAAUAAUACGGUGCCGGAGUUUUGUCGGCGUAAAGCUAGUUCUACUCAGCUUAAAUUCAUUAUGAAUCUAUGCUAUAAUCGGUCAAUUGAAGAACCGGAUAAAUUGAACAAAUACACACCCUUCUCACCUCAAGUCUAUGGUGAGACUUCUUUUGAAUUGAUACAGCAAAUAUUGGAAAACGUGAAGACUACUGCAGAUGACACAUUUAUCGAUUUGGGGAGUGGUGUCGGUCAGGUGGUUUUGCAAGUAGCUGCUUCUUCUGAUGUCAAAUUUUCUCGGGGUAUCGAAAAGGCUGCAUAUCCCUCUGAAUGUGCUCGUCGUAUGGAUAGAGAAUUCCGUCGUUGGAUGGCCUUCUUUGGGAAACCCUAUCAGCCCUAUGAGCUUAUUGAGGGUGAUUUUCUUAGUGAUGAGCAUAGAGCAGUGAUCGAAAAUUCUACUGUUGUAUUUGCCAAUAAUUUCGCCUUUGGACCAGUAUUGGAUUACCACCUCACACAAAUAUUCUCUGAUUUACAAGAAGGCGCCAGGAUAAUAUCUUCAAAAGCGUUCUGUUCUCGCAGUAAGCGUUUAUCCGAUCGUCAGUUAAAUGAUCUGAGCUCUAUGGUGAGAGUAACCAACUUGGAGCCAGUUAAUGAUGGAGUUUCUUGGACAGAUAAGCCUUUCACCUACUUUGUGCACGUUAUCGAUCGGAGUUUAUUAUUGGAGUACUUCAAGGAGGCCCAUGCUGUUGAAAAAAGGCGUUCUACUCGGAGUCGAAGAUCAGCUUGUGGUAACUCAAGCUCCAAUAGCUCUUGUGCUGGUACACCUAAUACCCUCUCUGCCUCAAACUCCUACGAUGGAUCCACGGCUGGCAGUGCUGCUCCUUCCGUUUGCGGUAGUGAGAUGAAUUCGGGACCUAGUUCAAGGAACUACUCCAAUGGUCGCAAACGUCGUCGUCGAAAUACCGACUUCGUACAAAAGAAGAAACGACGAACUGUUCGUCCUAAAGGAAAUGUCAAAUUGGCUGUGAAACAAAGGGACGAACACGAGUUGGCAGGUCAUCAACAGCAACAUUCCGCCACUGCUGAUUCCAUAGAGACGUCAAGCCAUUUCGAACAAGAGACGUCUCCGCUGUCUAGUCUUGGGAUGAAUUCGGAAGACGCUUCAAACACCGACUCCACUAGCUUUACUCCUCGAUCACAACUCCUUGCCGAUGAUGAUUGUUCGACUCCCUCACCUCCACAAACCACCUCCUCUAUUGAUUCAGCAUUUUCUCCUGAUACAGAUUUUAAGCAAAUGAAGUUAGAAAUCGCAAGAGACAAAAAAUCUGUGAUAUUCACCACUAGAGAGCAACCAUCUCCAUAUUUCGCUUCAGGAUGGCCAGAAACACCAAAUCAGAACUCUACUUCAGUACCGAAACUUCACCACCAUCAUCAUAAGCAUCGAUCAUCUACACAUUUUUCAUCCAGUGCUACGAAACACCACUUCAGACGUACUCAGCGUGUGCUCAACUCACAGCUUGAGCGAAUGAGGUGUCCGCAGUAUUUGAAUAUUCUGAGGGAGUCAAUAAAGCGCGAAGAGAUACGUCGAAGUGAACUUAUGGGUCAGAUAACGAAACUGGAGGCUUCGCUCAAUGAAAUACGCGCUCAGGGACGCGAACAAUUCAAGGACAUUAUUGAAAGAUUCGGCAUUCUAGAAGGCGGGCCAACAACAUUCUUCACUGAAGCACGUCAACUUAUUCGCUUCCACCGAAACUUGGAGUCGAAAUUGACGGAAUUGCAAAAUUCCAUCCACAAUUUGACUGACAUCAACGCCGAGCUUUUGAAACGCCAAUUCAUGUUGGAAGCCCAAUUAGUAGAUGGGGAAAAUUUGGGCACAGGCCUUUGUCCUCCACCCCCACAACUCUUUCCUGAACCCGAAAUCGCUCCCACGCCGCCUCCUACCCUCGCUCCCACUACCGAUGAGGAUCUAGCUUCCAUUCCAGAACAUUCUGCUCCCCCUUUGGUGCCUCCAACACUAACUCCCAUUCCGAGAAAUCUCAUCGAUGAUUUAGAGGUGAGAAAUCAGAGGGGUUGA